AUGGGAGUUUGUGGAUCUAAAGAAACAGCCUCGACUGCGCCCCGGAGUGUUCCCAAUUCGGACCACUCUGUGGUGUCGACGGAGAAACAGCAGAACGUUCAUCCUGCCGCGGCAGACACACAGAAACCCAAAACCAAGCCCAAGCAGGAGGUAAAGAUGCUUCUUUUAGGGUCAGGCGAGUCCGGAAAGAGCACCGUGUUGAAACAGAUCAAGAUUUUGCACCAGAACGGGUUUUCGAAGCGCGAACUGUACGAUUUCAAGCCAUUUGUGUUUAAAAAUGUGACCGAGUGCGCACAGUCGCUUGCCAAGGCGAUUGCGCAGUUUAAUUUGGAGCCGGAGUUGAAAAACAUCACGCCUGCUGGUUUGGAAGCCAUCGAGACCUACGAGCCUGCUCUGGACAACACUAUCGACCAGUACAACGUGGAGAUUGCGGAUCUGAUCAAGCGACUGGUAGCAGAGCCUGCGGUACACACGCUUUUGGAGGAGAAGGGCAACGAGUUCUACAUCCUGGACUCGGCCAAGUACUUCUUCGAGCACCUGGACCGCAUUUUCGGCGAAGAUUAUUUGCCGAGCGUGGAGGACGUGUUGAGAACGAGAAAACAAACGUCUGGAAUUUACGACACCAAGUUCCAGCUUGAGGAUAUUGAUAUACAUUUGUACGACGUUGGGGGCCAGAGAUCGGAAAGAAAGAAGUGGAUCCAUUGUUUCGACAACGUGACGGUGAUCAUGUUCUGCGUGGCACUUUCUGAGUACGACCAGGUUCUUUUGGAGUCGAGCAGCCAGAACAGACUGGAAGAGUCGCUAAACCUGUUUGACUCGGUUGUCAACUCGAUGUGGUUCCGGCGCACGUCGAUCGUGCUAUGUCUGAACAAGAUCGACGUGUUCAUCGACAAGCUGCCUCGCUCGCCUUUGGAAAAAUACUUCCCCGACUACGUUGGUGGCAAUGACGUGAAUAAAGCCGUCAAGUACAUUCUUUGGCGAUUCCGCCAACUGAACAGGUCCAACGUCAACAUCAUGCCCUACGUCACCCAGGCCACCGACACAAACAACAUGAAGCUGGCGUUUGCCGUCGUCAAGGAAACCAUCAUCCACAACGCUCUGAUGGAUAGUGGCAUUUUGCAGGCUUGA